AUGGCAAUACAUGCGAUCACUUUGCUCACCCUAUCACUACUUUGUUACGCAACCGCUCUUCAUCUCGAGUUUUAUCCCGGUACACAACCUUACCAUCAAACAGGUUCUCGUUACGACAAUACUGCAUGGCUGGUCUCCGUUCAGGAUCCUCCAGAAAGGUACCUCACGUACGGACCGUUCACGGAGCAAUGGAAUACUACCGUUCCCUCACGUGUAGACUUUUAUCUAGGGGUGGAUAAUAACGUUGGUGAUCCGUCGGACCUAUUGACCGUUGAUGUGAAUGAUCCAGGCACUGAUCGUGUAUUAACUAGCCGAAAUAUCUCAAGACUUGACUUUGGUUAUGCUAGUGUACAACCACAAGUAUUUUCGCUGUACUUUUCGAGUACCCCAGGACAUAGUCUCGAAUUUCGCGUGUAUUAUCGUUGCUGCAGCAAGAUCGUUCAUUAUAAGACCGUUGUGGACGAGUUAGAUGGUGGCGCACUGGCAGCUAUCUUUGCAGGACAAGGGGGGUUAGAACUAGUUAGCUCUUCAACUUUUCCCACUCCUCACGCUGAUCCGAGUUCUUCGUCAAUGUGGAACGUGGGCACGUACGUCAAGCCAUUGGAUGGAAAAUGGUAUAUCUUCUACAGAGAAGGUUUUUAUGCGCCUACUCCAGAAUUUUGCAAUGGUAUCGUACCGUUGACACGUAUUGCUGUUAGAAAUUCGACAGAUUUCGGAAAGUCGUGGUCGGAACCAGCUGUUAUUGCGUCACCUGGAAACUUAAGUGCCGAUAAUUGUGCAGUGCUCGAUGGAGCUCCCUUCUUCGAUAAUGAAACUGAUUCGUGGCAUUACCUAGCUCAGUGUAUCGGUACGAACAAACGUUGGGAUCUAUGUCACUAUUCAAGAUCUGGACGUGAUCCUAUGUCAAGUCCUUUUUUACCGAAUCCUGCAAACCCUGUGGUUCAAGGUGGACAGCUGUGGAGCAAAAUCUGCUCGGGUCGUGAAAAGCACUGCACAUCGACCAUGUAUGAUGAGGGCACGCCUGAAAUCGUAGAAAAAAUCAAUGGUUGGUUCUAUGUUACUUUUCACGGUUGGGAUGGACCAAACAACAAGGCUGCUCGCGGUAUCGCUCGCACCAGAGACUUUGUUAACUAUGAUGUAGCUGGAUAUGAUCUUCCAGAUGAUGCUAUAUUCUCAUCUUUGGAUUGUAAUGGAUGGAACAUCACAUGGAGUCCUCAGAGUCUAUGCGUCGGUGGCGGCGAAGGUAGUAUGGCCAAGUCAGGAGACUAUUUUUAUCACUUGAUUGAAGCCCCUGAUAUCACACUGAACUGUGACACCACUUUGGGAGAACAGAACUGGGUACUAGGAUUACUGAGAUCACCUAGAUUAAGCGCUCGAUCGGGUGAGUGGGAGCAAAUACGCUUUAAUCCUGCGUUCAAACCAGCCAAAAAAUAUGGAUGUGGCAUACAAUACCACAGAAUCUUUCGUGAUGAAAAUGACUUUUUCUUCUCUAUGUUCGUCAUUGACUUUGAAGUCGGCAAACUAACGAUGAAAGUGUGGAAGGUUGUGUCUGGACAGACGUAUUUCCCUGUUCUUGUUAGCUAUCCGUAA